GCGCACAUCUCCAAACGCCCUCUGCUCCACCCAGUCCUCUCCUCACCAUACUCCGCAAUCUCUCCCAAAGUUGUCUACGUCGCAAGUCGCACACCCUUCCUCUCCGCCGUCGCUCGAUGCGAGAAACUACUCCGGCAAGCCGACAAGCGACUCGUGCAAAGCGCUACCACGAAAGCAAAGAACGAGACUAGGCGACGAGGUCGAGUUGGUUUAGAUGAGGCGGAGGACGGUGCAGGUUCGGAAGAGGUGGUCAUCAAAGGCACGGGCAAAGCGAUACAGAAAGUGCUGGAGUUGGGCUGCUGGUUUCAGCAAAGAGGGGAGGUUUAUGAUGUGAAGAUCCGGACGGGGACGGCGAAGGCGGUGGAUGGGAUUGAGUAUAAUGAGCCGGAAGCAGAGGGCGAGGAGCUGGACAAGAUGGGGCUGGAGGAUGGUAAUGGCGAGGAUCUGCCCGAGGCGAGGAUACGGCAUAUCAGUGUGUUGGAGGUGUGUGUGAGCUUGCGAUGA